AUGUCCAUCCUCCAGCGCACCGCAAACACAGCUGCCUCGUGGUGUACGCCGUUUACACUCCCGUUUUACGAUAUUCUGAUCCUGCGUAUCUCUGUUCCUUUCAUCUGGCACUGCUCUGCACAGAAUAAUCUUCGUCCAUUAUUCUCUAGCAACUUCUCCAAGAGACAUGUUGACAUUGGCGUUGGGACUGGGUACUUUCCAAGAAGAGCAAUCAAGGAUCUUGGCCGCGAUCCAAAAAAUCAGCAUCUGACUUUGGUCGACUUGAGUGAGCAUUCUCUAGCAACAGCGAGACAGCGUGUUCUGUCCAAGUACCCCGAAGUACAAGUUGACUGUGUCCACGCGGACGCUGCACAACCACUUCCAGAGUCUCUCGCAUCCCAAAAGUUCACAUCUGCUUCUCUGUUUCUCGUCAUGCAUCACAUGCCGCAGCCAACCGCCAGCAAAGCAAACGCCAUCGCCAAUGCACAGGGUCUCUUGACCAAGGAUGGUGUUUUGGUAGGGUGCACGGUAUUGGGGAAGCAGUGGGCGAAGACUGAUGAUGGUGGGUUCAAGGUGAAGAGCGAGAAGCCGCUUGGAAGAGCAGCUGCUUUCUUGCUUGGGCUCUACAACAAGAGAGGUAUUUUUGACAAUUGGCAGGAUGAUCCGAAUAUUUUGGCGGAGGCUUUGAAAGCGGGGUUUGAGGAGGUUGAGACGAGUGUUGUGGCUAUGAUGUUUGUGUUCAAGGCCUCGAAGCCGCGUAAUGGGACCGGGGUGUUGAUAGAAGCCAGUGAGUGA